GACACGCUCUCUUUUGUUUUCUUACCCAUUAUUAUUACUUAAUUAAUCAAUUUAGGUUACUUGAGACUCUGUGUUUCAAUUCUGAAAUAAAACUCUUUUUUCUAGACAGAAGAUCGAGACGACAAUGUCUUACGAUUACCUCUUCAAGUACAUAAUCAUCGGUGAUACAGGCGUAGGGAAGUCAUGCCUGCUCUUGCAAUUCACUGACAAAAGAUUCCAGCCUGUUCAUGAUCUCACCAUCGGUGUUGAAUUCGGAGCUCGCAUGGUCACCAUCGAUGCCCGCCCUAUUAAGCUUCAAAUUUGGGACACCGCUGGGCAAGAGUCCUUCAGAUCCAUCACUAGAUCUUACUACAGAGGAGCAGCCGGAGCACUUCUGGUUUAUGACAUUACCAGGAGAGAGACGUUUAAUCACCUAGCAAGCUGGCUGGAGGAUGCUCGGCAGCAUGCAAAUCCCAACAUGUCAAUUAUGCUUAUUGGGAACAAGUGUGAUCUUGCUCAUCGUAGGGCUGUUAGCAAAGAGGAAGGGGAACAGUUUGCAAAAGAAAAUGGACUUCUGUUCUUGGAGGCAUCUGCAAGAACAGCUCAAAAUGUUGAGGAGGCCUUCAUAGGGACUGCUGGAAAAAUCCUUCAGAAUAUCCAGGAAGGUGUGUUUGAUGUAUCCAAUGAGUCUUCAGGGAUCAAGGUUGGAUAUGGGCGCCCCCAAGGUGCAUCAGGUGCAAGGGAUGGAACUGUUGCUCAAAGAGGGGGGUGCUGCAGCUAAUUGAAACACAAAUAGAACCUGUUUAUUUGUUCUUGUUGUGCAAUGUCCGGAUCCCUCUGAUGAAUAUAUGUUUAAAACUUUCAUUUGACUGCAGACGACCAUUUAAUGUAUAGAUCCAACAUCAGUUACCUGAAGUUAGUUGAUUUUAAUGAUAGGGAUUGAAGUUCGUUUGCUGUAAAGUUGCUUGAUCAACACUGAAGUGUGAAUUUGCACGUCGUUUAUUUGGUA